AUGGCUCAAAGGUACAUCGAGGCAUGCGAAAAGCUCGGGAUACGCCCGCGAGAGUUAAUCGUAAGCUUCCUGAAAAACUCCUCUACCCGAUUGAAUCUCUAUGGGGCUCAGAAAGAACUUUAUAUGAAUAGGCUUGUAGACAAAGAUGUAGAGGCGUUGCAGCUAGGACUCGCGGAUGCGCGUCUGUCAGAAUUCGUUAUAGAUCUCAGCUGCAAUGAUUUGACAGAUAUUUCUCUUGUGUAUUUGGGCUCCAUUGUUUCCACCUGUCCUCUGAUAGGCUUGUCCAUCAGAGGAAACAAGUUCACGAGAAAAGGUGCCAUUGAGCAACUAGCCUCUGAAUCAUUCCUGAUGGCUACCACGUGUCAAUUGCAGUAUCUAGAUUUGUCUGAAAACAGUUUCGAAAGCAGUGGAACAGCCGCCAUCAUGCGAGCCAUCCUCAAUUCAGAGCCUCUGCAUUACGGGGUGUACACCGAAACACCCUAUAUGGCUCCCAAAAUCACACGUGUUCGUGCCUACGGGUAUCUGCAGUAUUUGGACUUAUCUAGCACUGGAUUUGGAGAGCAGGCAAAUCUCUAUCUUUGCGAUUAUAUGCGUUCACGAUUUUGUGGCUUACGAGAACUGAAGCUGUCUGCCUGUCAAUACUCUGCUGUAGCUAACUAUAGCACCGACACAGAUGAAGACUAUAGUGGCUUCUUCAGGUUCGCUGAUGCACUCAAAAGAAAUACAAGCCUUGAGGCGCUGAGUCUACGCUCUAACAAGUGCCUCGACAAUGAAGCAGCUGUGCGCAUCAUCCGGGCAUUGGUGGCAGAAGUCCCGGAGCUGGAUAAAAAGCAGGAUAAUGUUGACAACCCAGGAUGCUUGCGCCGCAUAGAAGAGUACAGGCAUUUCUAUAGACUAGGAACAGGACUAACGGAGCAGAACCUGGUUGCAGGUCCUAGAAAUACGGAGUCGUGCUUGCCGGCAGCUCUUCCAUCGAAGGCAGAGUAUGACAAGCGAAUAUCAGAACUGGAAGCUCGAGCGAAUGGAGGCAAUGUAGCACAGGUGAAAUUAGCAGAUAUGUCCAUAUAUUGUCAGGAAGAUAAAACGAGUCCAGUUAAGGUUGCGGUGACUCCUCUUCGCUAUAUAGAUUUAUCAUGCAACAAUCUGUGCUUUGAUGUAGCAAAUGCUAUUGCAGACCAUUUGCGUAGUCCAGAUUCAGUCCUGUCUGUCCUGGUUCUAGAUGGGGUUUCUCUAAGAAACAGGGGGAUCAAUGCCCUUGCCAAAGCACUGAUUGCAUACGCUCCUAGCGCGAUUAUUCUUGACGAGCUAGCUCAUAAGCAUGUUGAUGAGCAAGGCAUUCCUGUCUUCAAUUCCGAGAUAGAAUUCUUCGGUUGUCUUGGAAAGACCUCUGCCGGAAUCUGUCUGAGCCUACGCAGAUCUUCAAUAAGGGGACAGGGACUGGCAACCCUUGCCCUCCUGUGCCGCCACAACCAACUGAUCGACUACGUUGCUAUUGAGGGGUGUACCCUGGCACCAGAGGAGGGAGAAGCUGGCACGGUUAAUGAGGGUAAGCGGUGGGCUCCAGACAUCGAGUGGGAGGCGACGUUCAUAGCACGCAACGAAGCCAUGAGGCCCAUACGGUGUGACUUUGGAUUAAGGCGUAACAGUGAUGGGGUUCUUCAGUUUUAUAAGGAGGAUGCAUUGAUUCUGUGCGGAAUUUAUGCUUUCCAGCCUAGGUACUUGUCCUGA